AUGGGUUGCACCAUGUCACAGGAAGAGCGGGCGGCUCUCGAACGUUCCCGAAUGAUCGAGAAAAACCUCAAAGAGGAUGGCAUGCAAGCGGCUAAGGAUAUUAAACUGCUGUUGUUGGGUGCUGGAGAGUCAGGAAAAUCGACUAUAGUGAAACAAAUGAAAAUCAUUCACGAAUCCGGAUUCACAGCUGAAGACUAUAAACAGUAUAAACCAGUUGUCUACAGUAAUACAGUACAGUCACUAGUCGCUAUUCUACGGGCUAUGGCCAAUCUUUCAGUACCAUUUGGUGCAUCAGAACGAGAGGUCGAUGCCAAACUUGUUAUGGAUGUGGUCGCCCGAAUGGAAGACACUGAACCGUUCAGUGAAGAAUUAUUGUCAGCAAUGAAAAGGCUAUGGGCAGAUAGCGGUGUACAAGAAUGUUUCGCCCGAAGCAACGAAUAUCAACUUAACGAUUCUGCCAAAUAUUUCCUAGAUGAUCUAGAGCGAUUAGGUGAAGCAAGUUAUCAACCAACUGAGCAGGAUAUACUGCGUACUCGUGUAAAAACUACUGGUAUCGUGGAAGUCCAUUUCACCUUCAAAAACCUCAAUUUCAAGUUAUUCGAUGUCGGCGGUCAACGGUCAGAACGAAAAAAAUGGAUUCAUUGUUUUGAGGAUGUGACGGCGAUAAUUUUCUGUGUUGCUAUGUCCGAGUACGAUCAAGUUCUACAUGAAGAUGAAACCACGAAUCGAAUGCACGAGUCAUUGAAAUUGUUCGACUCAAUUUGUAACAAUAAAUGGUUCACGGAUACGUCUAUUAUCCUGUUUUUGAAUAAGAAGGAUCUCUUUGAGGAGAAAAUCAAGAAAAGUCCACUUACGAUUUGUUUCCCGGAAUACUCAGGUCGACAAGAUUAUCACGAAGCUUCGGCAUAUAUUCAAGCACAAUUUGAGGCAAAGAAUAAGUCAGCAAAUAAGGAGAUCUACUGUCACAUGACGUGUGCCACGGACACAACAAACAUUCAAUUCGUGUUCGAUGCGGUUACGGACGUGAUUAUCGCGAAUAAUCUACGCGGUUGUGGUCUAUACUAG